UCUCCGCGCAAUGGCGGCCAAUGGAAAGCCGGGGGACCUGCUCGGCCUCCGUUGAGUCCCGCCCGGUGAGCCGUCGCUCGGCGACCGCGAUGGGCUGUGGGGGCUGCGUGGCGCGGCGGCUCGGCUCGCUGCUGCGGUGCGGGGCCCUGUCCCCGGGCGCGGGGCCGGCGGCGGGCUCGGGGCCCCGGCUUCGGCUGCUGGCCUUGGGGCGGCUUCCGGCGGCCCCGGCGCUCGGUCGGGCCUGCCUGGGCCUGGGCCGCGCGCGCUGCCUGCACGGCGGGCCGGGCCUGGAGGAGCGGGCGGAGGGCGCCGCGGGUCAGGGGCGCCCGGAGUCCGGCGCAGCAGAUCAUCCUGGCCCCAAGUUUGACAUCGAUAUGCUGGUUUCACUGCUGAGGCAAGAAAAUGCAAGAGACAUUUGUGUGAUCAAGGUUCCUCCAGAAUUGAAAUAUUCAGAUUACUUUGUGAUUGGUAGCGGAACUUCCACCAGACACUUGCAUGCCAUGGCCUACUACAUUGUGAAAAUGUACAAAUAUCUGAAAAGUAAAAGCGAGCCUCAUGUUAAGAUUGAAGGGAAAGACACUGAUGAUUGGCUCUGCAUGGACUUCGGCAGCAUGGUGAUUCAUUUGAUGCUUCCAGAAACCAGAGAAACCUAUGAAUUAGAGAAAUUAUGGACCCUACGUUCAUAUGAUGACCAGUUAGCACAGAUAGCACCCGAGACAUUACCUGAAGACUUCAUUCUUGGAAUAGAAGAGGACACUUCUUCAUCCCUGACUCCAGUGGGGUUCAAAUGAGAAUAAAAUGAUAUGAACUACUUUAGUCAUUACCCGAUUUGGAUUGAGUCACUUUUUAAAAAUAUAGCUCUGAUUGAGCUAUAUCAAUCACCUGAUUGGUCAGGUUGUUGUCAAAACAAGCCUUAUCUAUUGGCACUUGGGCUAAAUGAAAUGUGGAAAUUGUAGGUAAGUGAGCUCUCACAGCAAGAAUCGGCACAUUCAAACUGAAAUUUUAAUAUAUUGUUUUUAUUCCUAAGAUCCUAGCAGGAUUCCCCAGAGUUAAACUGAGCAGAGCACAGGGGCCAGUGUUAAUUUUGCCUAAGUGUAAAUCUUAUUCUGUAGAAUGGGAUAGCCUUAAAAAAUAAAUAAAAGACACCUACCACUC